CGUCUGUUUUGGAAUUAACAGCUAAUUAAGUGGACUUGGGACAUUGGAGGAUAUUGUGAAUGGUUGCUUGUCUUGAUGUGGAGGUAUUUCAGUUACUGGACAUCCGUGAAGGUCAGAGGUUAUGUUACACUCCGGUCAGCUGAAUAACCUGUUUUACUGACAUGACAGGUCUGUUUUCAAACUGACCACUGUUAUCUGCACUGAUGGCCACUGACAGACACACCUUUAACGAGCUACCCAGGACCCCAGGUAACUUUGCAUCGGGAAAGUGAUUUACUGGUUCGUUGGAGGUAAAAAUAACCAAGCUCAUUAGUGCAGUGAAUUUGUGCCAAGGACUUAGAAGCUUUUUUCAGAACUUUGUUGUUUCAAAGUUUGACAAGGACACAUGGACAGAUGUGUAUGCAUCCAUAGAAGAUUAAACAGAUUAGGUUCUUCAGUGCAUAGGAAACAUCUCUCAUGAACUUUCCUGUCACCAUAUGGUCAUAUGAUCUGUUCCACUGGGGUAGUGGUUCCAGGAAAGGAAAUAUUUCACCGAGGACAUUGUUGUGAAUUUAUCAAUGUUACCAGUACCCUGCCUACAUGAAGAGUUGCUGAUGCAGGGUAGAUAGAAAAGCAGUCUACCUUCCAUAUCACAGCUGUUUCUGAGUCUAUGCUGGGAUGACACACCUCCAAAGGUUCACGGACAUAAGAGGAUUCUGUGGAAGAUAGGAAGUUUAUUGCCAACUUUGAAUAAUUCAUUCAGGCUUCCAACUUUCAUAGUCUCAACGGGAGUAUUUAUGAAUCAUUUUGCAGAUUGUGACUUAAGAAUGGUUAAUUUUGAAGUCAAGUCAUCCACUCAUAAUAUCUGACAGUAUCGAUUUAUUGGUUCUGAAAUAACCAACAAUACCAACACGUGAAGAUUAUUUAGACUUAAUCUAAGUCUGUAUUUCUUAGAAGUUGCUGUUGAUUGGCUGAAGCACUGGUUGUAAGAGGAGAUACGGUUUGGUGUAACUUCAGUUAUCUCCCAAUAGGAUAUUAAGCUGACAUUUAUUCCCAUCAGAGUCAAAACGAUACUGUUGUUGUCACUCAAAUUGCUUCAUUUCACUUGUGAUCAAAUUCUUCAUUGGGUAAAGGCUUAUGAAGUGCCCUUUAGUGCAACUAGUUUUAUGUUAGUCUGUUGUGGGUCUUUAACAUUUUGACAUUAUUUUCUCAACACAUUUAUAUUCACAUGAGUGAGGUAAUGUCGUUUGGAUGACAAAUGUCCCAAGGAUGUAAAGAAUGCGCUCUACAUAUCUGAUGCUUAUUCAGUUUGUACUGGAGCUAGUUCCUGUUCUGUCAAUGUGGACACUGCUUCAGCAGAUUACAGAGGGGCAUUGUGCAACAUUGUUUUGCAGUGCAAAAUGAUAUUUAUUCUCUGUGAUGUGUAGUUCUAUUUUCUGUGAUAACACAGGUUAUGAAUGUGUGAUAAUUCACAAAGGCAACAUCUAUAGCUAUUGACACUGCUGGUUAAUUUGUGUCUGUGUAUAUGCAUCUUAGUUGAGGGGUUGAACGCAGAGUGAAUUUGCAUUAAGAAGUUUGUGGUUUUUAAAGGCAUGUGUAAGUGUUUUGAAAAGUGAUUCUUCGAAGACUCAGUACAGUAACUUAAUGUACACAGUGGAAGGAACACAUCAUCAGUGCUGUGAAAGAAGAAACUGUUGACUACCACAUUGAGGAGGUAGUGACUUGCCUGAGAUUGAGUUACAGGUUGUUUUCCUAGAAACUAAUUGUGUGAAAUAACACUGUUACACGCAUGUUGGACUGAUGCAGGGAUAUAAAUAAGCCGAUGCCAAUUUGCGUCAUGUUAAAGGUAUCCUGAAAGGUAGAAUUUGAAACUUUUAGCGUAUUUUCUUAUGUGAUUCAGGGAAUAGACUCUCCAGUCUAUUUUCUGUCACAUGUAGGGAUCUUUGCGAGACAGUGACUGAACACUGUGUUCACCCAUCCAUGAAACUGUCAGUCUUGUGAAUUAUAGGCGACGGAGCACAAGUCUCUAUCGAUACAGAUAGAUAGGACCACUCAGUACCUUCCUGUCUGAUAGGUGUUGUUGCACUUGACUUCAGACAUCAAGAGACCACAAAGUGCUUCUACAGAAUCUCUGAAGAAGGCCUCCAAGCGCAACAGAAAAAAUACAUCAAAGUUUUCUGAAAUAUAAGGCAACUUUUUGAUAGGUUUAUUAGAUGUUUGAUUUCAAUGUCAACCUUUGGUCAUUUCGAUGACAUCUUUACUGUUUCUGAAAGAUCUAUCUGACAGAAUUGAUCAAACAAUCAAUGAAGAUAUGUUUGUUGUUUGAAAAGAAGCGGAAAUUGAGGGGAAUGAAGAAUAGUCAUAGAGAGUUUUAAGCCACACUGGAACCUCCCCAGGAAAUAGUUUUCUUGUUCACCUCGAAUUUGGCCAAGGUUGAUACCAGAAGCGGUAAGAGUAAUAUGUUUCACAGGAUUGUGUUGUAACUUAACAGGCGAUGGAUCAAUAUCAUGUUAUUGCCCAAUAGUGUCUUCCUUUCACCUCUGUGCAGACAACUAGAAACUGAAGAAAAAGUGAUGAUGAUACUGACCAACUGGGACAAAGUGACACUUUAAAUUGCAGCAUUAUUCAUGACUGCCUUCUGAUUGUAGAAAGUCGAGAUAGUUUUAUUAGUCUUGACGGAGGCUUCGGGAAUAUGCUGGAAUGCAUUGAUUGAGAACAGUUGAGAAAACAGUGCAUCAUUUGUGCAGAGUUUGUUUUAAGCUGUGAGCCUUUGGUGAAGUACCAGGAACUAGUUCAAGUUGGGAUUUUCAUGAUUUUUUUUACCAUCUGUGGAUUGAUGGAAAAUUUGUAGAAUCGUUCUUGACAGAAUUUUGAACAGCUGAGGGAAUAUCUGUCUAAGGCAAGCAAACAGAAAUGUUAUGAAAAGAGAAUCGACACUGUGAAAAAAGAAAGAAGAAAAAACAAAAUUUCAUUGGAGAAGGAGUCUGUUGAAAUUUUGCCAGAAGAGGAAUUGUCAGGUUCGAAUUGCCAAGUGCUUAGAAGAUUUGUUUUGUGCAAUAUUGAAGAAUCUGGGCAUGCCGGAAGGGCAAAAAGUGAAAUUCUGUAAUUGGAUGGAAAUAAUUUCUUGUUGAUGCAGUCAAGACGUGAUGUGGAAAUUAAUUUGAGCCAAGAUCCCAAGGAGAUGGAGUGAAAAUGUGAAAUUCUUGUUUUUAAGAGCUGUGUCAACGUGGAAUAUCUUACAUGCAAUGGGACAGUGAUUGACAUAUUUCGUGAACCUUUUUGGACUGUGAAUAAUUUUGGACAUGAUGUGGACUUUGACAUUUCCCACCUGUUGAUGGGCACAGACUGUUUGAUUAUCUGUGAUCAAGGAGUGUAUGGGACAGACUGUCCGAGUAUUCUUUUGUUUCUGAUGCAAAUAGCUGCUUGAUACUGACCUCGGAAUAUUAAAUAAUUAGAUUCUGGUCUCUGUGUCUGUGUGCAUGGGCUUGUAUUGUGUAUGUCAGCUUUGACAGGUCAGAAAAGUCUUGCCUGUCAAAUGUGAAUGUAGACUGUAGACAAGGAGGUCAUUUGGAACAGAGAUCAGAGUUUGGUCGAGAUUACUCCUCCUACUUAUUUUUAGAAAACUUAGAUUACAGCAUUGUGUUGUUACGAUUUGAUAAACGUAAACAUUCAUGAACUUUUUGAAAGUAAACAAUUCUUCCAACACUUGAACUCUAUGAAUAUAUACCACAGAUACCAUUCCUGAUAAUUGUGUGUAAGUGCUUAGCUGUGACCUGUCCUGGACGAUUUUAUUUCUUUGUUGUUGAUGGUCGUGUGAUGCCUGUGCUAAGUGUAUCGUGACUUAGAUACUGUAUUUAUCAGUGAUACAUAGAUGUGACUCACAGAGGAGAAGACAAAGUUCAAUUAUCCAGUAUUUUGCCAAGGGAUACCUGCUUGGCGAAUGACGAGAUCACAAGACAUUAUUACAUUGGAAAAAACCAAUUGAUUGUACUAUUGUUUAUCCUGUGGUGAAAGAAUUUCAAGAUGGAUGCUAUCAAAGUUGCACGGGAUUACUUUGUCAGUAGUCAGAGUAGUUUGCUUAUUGAAAACAGGGAAUUCGGACACAGGAAGUUCAUCCAUCUUGGAAACCAGAAGCCGAAGCAGUCGAGUGGUGCCAGGCUGUCCUCACCGACUACGGAGAAAAGUUCUCCCUUAAAAGAAAAGGAGUUCCCUAUAUUGACACCACAGACUAAGGGCAUGAGGUCAGGUAACAAACAGUGGAUGCACCCCUCCGAUGCCCUCCUGAAGGGCCAUAUCCUGUACAAUGUCAAGUUCCUGGGCGAGUGUACGGUGGAAAACCCCAAGGGAACAGAGGUUGUCAAGGAAGCCAUCAGGAAAAUGAAAUUCAACAAACACAUUAAGAGGGCAGAGGGCCAGAAACCACCCAAGGUGGAGCUGACGAUAUCGGCUGAUGGGGUGACGAUUCAAGACCCGCGAACCAAGAUGAUCAUGCAUCAAUACCCUCUGCAUCGGAUCUCCUACUGCGCUGAUGACAAAUCGGACAAGAGGAUGUUUACUUUCAUUGCCAAGUCAGCAAAUACUAGUCAACAUUUCUGCUAUGUCUUCGACAGUGAUAAGUGUGCGGAGGAGAUCACACUGACCGUGGGACAGGCGUUUGACCUGGCAUACAAGCGCUUCCUUGAGUCUUCCAGCAAAGACAUGGACGUCAAGAAACAGUUCUUGCUCCUGCAGAAAAAGGUCCAGACACUGACGUUUGAAAAUCAAGAGUUGAAAAAAAGGAUUUCAGAGCUGGAAUCAAUCAAAGACCGAUCAGACGUCCAGGAUUACAUGAGAAGUAAUCAGAUAUCUGACCUUUCAACUGUGACCUAUAACCUCCAGGAAAGUUCGACAGAUGAUGAUUUUUCUUCCACAUCUGAACAAGAGGCACAGUCUGCAGUUGGCAGACGUCUGGAGAAUCUGGUGUUCGAUGACUUCCCGCCAUCGUCACAGACUAAUGGCACCAAUGGAACCAAUGGCAACUCAACACCAGGUGGCGCCCAACGUCAAAACUCUGCUCAACCUACUCCCCUACUGUCUCCCCCUCCCCCGUCGACGAGGACACGAAGUCACACCCAGCCCGCUGCUGUGGGCGUAGCGGCUGCAACAGCCUCACAGAAACAGAAAGGAUUCAGCGGCAACCCAUUCUCUCCGACCUCCAUGGGAGCUGCCUCUUCAUCAGAUCCUUUUGGCAUGGGAGUGUUCAAUCCAUCGACCUCGGAGCUGGAUCGGGCCAUCCAGAAUGUGGACCAGGAACUCCUAGAUUUACAGACUGGCUUCAGUCGAGGGCUUUCAAUAGGAACAGAUGAUUUCUCAUUAGAUGACCUUGACCCCUUAAACCAGAGGUCAUGAAGAGAAGGCCACAGGGUCAAGUUAAAGGAUAUGUGAUGAU